CUUGGAGUGCAUGGAGAGAGCCUAUGGUUGAACUGCAAAGCUGCGAGAACAAGGAGCAGGACAUAUCCACCUGGGACAAGGCAGACCAGAGCGUAACUUACACAUUUACCUGCAUUUACCAGCGGAUUGAAUUUGGGACGUGUGAGGAUAAUAUUCACGUGAGGGGCUGAAAAGGCUGAAGCUACUCCUGUCAGAUGGCCAUCAUACAUCAUUGAAAAGCUGAGACUCCAAGCUUUCAGAAAAGGUAUGGUAGCCUUUGCCACUUUUUCGGUAACGACCAACCCCUCUAGCUCACGGACUAACAGUAGAGAGUGGUUUACAGUUGAUACUGAUGUACCACUUGCACUAAUACAAACAUUAUCCUUAGAAUGAGUGUGUUGGGGGAAGAGGACGCUGCAGCUGUUAAAAAGCUGGAUGCAGGCAUUAAAUGCAGCUGGAAGUGGGCCUGGCUUAAGCUGGAGGGCAAGGUAUCUGUGAAGGGACAAGAGGUGUCCUUUCACGUUGGGGAUUUCUUUAAGAAAAUUGACAGAGGGAUUGGCCAGGUGUGUCCUCUGCCACAAGGACAUAAAUUAUGCAAACAAGGGCAGCCAUGCUUUGAUUGCUCACGUCCAAACUGCGAUACAUAAGAAGAUGAUGGAUGUCAUUGCGUCCACACACAGUGUUGCCAGCACUUUUCUCUCAGCAUCAGCAAGCCAGAGCCAACCAACUCGGGGCCCAGAGACUAUAAGGCAGCAGUUCCAGGGAAAGAUGCCGGUACCUGUACUAAGCCGCAUUGCAAAUGCAGAGGCAAUGGUCCUUGGAACCCUGGCGGAGCAUUCCAUCCCCUUUUCAGUGGCUCCUGUUAUUGUUGAGCUUGCCCAGACCCUGUCCUUAGACAAACUAGCUCUGCAGGGAAUGAAGCUGUUGCGGACAGCAGCGUCCUACAAGAUGAUACAUGGCUUGGGGCGGACGUACUCAGAGAGGACUUUUUCAAACAUGAGAUUUUCCUUUUCUUUGAAUAUUGAUGAGAGCACCUCCAACAACAACAAAAAGGUCCUCUCCAUGCUGGUGUGCUAUUACCACGCUGACUUGCGGAAGGUGAUGGUGGAGCAUUUGGGGUCCCUGGAGAUUCUACGAGUCGAUGCCGCUUCAUUGGAGAAGGUCCUCUCUGAUUUCUUUAAGAAAAACAACAUCCCAUGGCACAACCUGGUCAGUUUACUGAUGGAUUCCUGUGCUGUGAUGAGGGGCAGCAAAACCAGUCUUGAGACCAGGAUUCACCAACAUUGUCCAAACCUGCUGGAUAUUGACGGAGACUCCUGUCACCACAUGCACAACGCCGCAAAGAAAUUUUCCGAGACCUUUGAUGGGUACUUGGAAAGGCUAUUCAGUGACCUCCAGGUUGACCACCAGUGGAGUCCAGACCAGGUGAUGCACCUCAAGGAGGUCGCUAUGAUAUUAAAUCUCCCCGCCUCCAGCCCACAGAGGGGUUUUGUUAAUCAUCGCUGGCUCUCUGCCUAUGACGCUAGCAUGGCAACCCAUGCCAUGAUGCCAGCAUACCGAGUGUUAUAAUAUGGAUUCCUCUCCACAGCAGACAAGGAGCUCUAUAAGGAGCCAUUAGAGUCUAUCCUCACCAAACACAAUGUUAAUCAGAUUGCAAGAGCGAGAGUCAAGGUGAUUCAGGACAAACUUGACAAGAAAGGCAUGACUCCUCAAGGCCGUGAAAGGAAGAAGAGGAUUUGUCAGAAAUUGUGGCAUGAGGAGACAACUGUUCUAUAGCUGAGCCUCUACAUGGGUGUGCUGGCUAUAUUAAAGGACUACGUCAUGGUUUUCCAGGGCAGCCAGACAUUGGUCCAUAAGCUUCAUGAUCGGCAGCUCGAGCUUUUCCUGUCCUACUUGGCUUGCUUUGUGAAGGCAGAACACAUUACUAAGCUAUCUCCCAGGGGUCUAAGGGAGCUGAUCCUGGAGGAUCACAUGCUGCUGCCCUCGAAGGACGUAUAUGUGGGACAGGAGGCUGACACAUUCAGGAGCCAGAAUCCCAAACAUGCUGUAUCAUGCCGCCAUCUUGUGUCAGAACUACAAUUCCCAGGCAACUUCCGUGUGACCCACGUCACGCGUGGGCGGGAUCAUCUACGUCAGUCCAACAUGCACGCAUAAAUCCAAGCGGAAGCUCUUCCAUUUUGUCUCUCACGUCUGGCUUCCGAUGAAUCUGGAUGUAUAAAGAGGCGCGCUCUCCACCCAAAAAGACGUCUUCUUUCUUGCAAGAUCCAUCACUCAGCGCGAUCUUCUUUCUUACCCUUGGCAAAGGUAAACUCUACAGUCGCGCGAUCUUUAAACUCAACCUGAGUUACAACCGGUUUACUUGCAUUAGAAGUGACGUCACGACUGCAGCCCAGGCAGUUAAAAGUUAAGAAGCGAUUGAAUCCUUUUUAACUCAAAAGCGCUGUGCAUCUCAUUCUGAUCAGAGACUUUUCCUCACGAACGCUGAGGUUCGGACCAAGAAUCCUCUGCUUUCCACGGGAACCACCCAAGUGCUCCGCUGGACCCGAAAGUUUUCUCCGCCUCCAUCACGAGCAGCUCACGUGCUCCCACGGCGAGGCCCGAGACUACACCGGCGAAUAGUUCUUCAUAUCUUGCUAAAGGCAGGAUUAAUUGUUGGUGCCAUACCUAGCUAGCGCCAGGAAAGCCACUGCCGUUUACCUCCAGAAGAAACUCCCCCUGGACAGUCCAACUCUAAUAGCCCUCUCUGCACUGGACCCUCUCCUGCGAGGUCACUCACAGGCAACCAUUCAGUUAGAGGCUGAGUGCUAUGCUGCGUCACCUCUUGCCAGAAGACCAGGAUCUUCCAAGGGAACUGGUUCAAUUCAGUGUGGAUCUGACCCUCCCCAGGUACAAGGAGGGAGAUGGGAUAGUGGAGUGGUGGGGUCAUGUCUUUGACCAGCCUGGUAAGUGACCAGCCUGGUAAGUACCCCGCCCUCAGUGCAUUGGCCAAAUGCUGCUUUUCUAUCUUCCAUGGACCAAGAGUGGAAUCCUCCUUCAGCCUGAUGAACGAGGUCAUUGACGAGUGUAGUGGCAACAUGAAUGUGGAGACCUUCAACGCCAUCCAGACGGUGAAGUAUACCCUGUGGUCCAGGGGGCAGACGGCCAUGCAGAUGUUCCAGCGGAGCGACGUGAAAUUUGGUGAGGUGGACAGAAUCAUGUGCCGAAAUAUAAAUAAUACAGCAGCCACAUACAAACAGAAACUGAAGGCAAAAGCAACAGAAAGACAGCUGCAGCACAGAAAAUAUGGCUGUCAAGAAACUGGGAGUGCUCAGCAGGCAAAGAAGCAGGCUGCUGAAAGUGAGAAGCAGGCAAGGCUGAGGCAUGUGGCCACUCAGCGUAAAAGGGCCAUGGAGACUCUGGCAGCCUAAGAAAAAAGAGUGAUCAAUUGGACUUGGAAUUGGAUUUAUUGGAAUUGCAUGUAUUGUUCUCCAGUCUGGCAGGGCAUACAUUGAUCUAAAGUCUUUAUUUUUUUCAGUUUUUUUUUCCUCUUUUAUUAUUGUUCAUAUGGCCUUGUACAAACAGUUUUGAACACCUCUCUCUGACUCAUCUAACACAUUUGGCUUCUGUGAAAGUAAACUUUGUUUCUAAAUAAAACAUGGCCAGCACAAGAUGCAUGUGGUGUGUGUUUGUGUGAGAGAGACUUGGAGUGUUUUUGGCACCUCCUGCAGAUCACUGAAACACAGUGUGGGUGGACAGCUCAAUACUGUAUUUUGUUGGGUUGUACAGUGUACCGGAAGUGUUUCCUCCGCACCACCAACGCCCGUCGCCCGACAAUACCCCACCCCCGCGCGUGCGCACCCUUCUCACCUUUUCAACCCCUGACCCAUUUUCAUGCCUGCAGUUUAAUGAAGCUUGGCUUGAACGUGAAGAAUUUCGAAACUGGUUAGAAGCCGCAGCAGGUGAUAGGUAUGCAGCUCGCUGCAAAGUCUGCAGGAAAAUAAUUCAGUUGGGGACUUUAGGCAUGAAGGCCCUGGAGUCCCACGCUAAAGCUGGAAAACAUUAGAUUGCUGUGAAGAGCUCGCAAUGUCGCCAGCCGAUCUCAAGCUUUUUGUCAGUAUCCCAGCCAACAUUGCUGCCUGGUCCAGCUGUUCAACAUUCGCCAAAUAACAGUCAGGCGACUUUCGGGUCCACGGAGACGUCAAAAGCUGAGGUACUUUGGAUUCUACACACAGUGACCUCUCAUCUAUCAUACAACAGCAGCAGCAACAUUAACGGCCUUUUCCAGGCAAUGUUUCCUGAUUCUAUGAUUGCCAAAACGUUCGCCUGCGGACCUAACAAGAUCGCCUAUAUUGCAAGGUUCGGCCUGGCAGACUUUAUAAAAAGAGAGCUGGUGAAGUCAAUUAGCGGCCAGUAUGUGCUAAUGUUUGACGAGAGCUUCAACAUAUCAACCAAAUCCAAACAGCUGGACCUCCACAUUCGUUUCUGGAGCAAUGGAGAGGUGCAGUCGUGUUACAUGAACUCUCAAUUCAUGGGUCAUGGAACCGCACAGGACCUUCUGACGCACAUACAAGUAAGUGAGCUGUAUAAACAAGUGUUUUUUUUUACAUCGAAAAGGUGGGACUUAAGUUUGCCCGUGUAAGCUGUGUUCUGCUCACACUCUCUUCAUAACUUGCUACCUCCACGGGGAAAAUGUCCAUUAGUAAUAUGUUUUGUGUGUAAUGUAAUGUGUUAAGUGCUAAUCUUUUUCAUCAGUGAAUUGGAGAAUGUGUAAAUACGUGAAUGAAUUGAUUUCUAUGUGUAGAUUUCUUUGUUUAAUGGCGUCUAGUGUGCUGAGUUGUUGCAGUUUUACUCAUUUUCCACCUUUCAACUCAACUUUUAAGAAGAAAGGCUCCUCUCAUAAAAACGAGUUUAUUCAGUGUUAAAGCACUGGGCAGUUGACAUACAGUAUGUCACCCUGUAUUCAUUUUGUGUUGGGCAUAAUUUCCCACGGUUGUUCAGUGGUCAUUCAGCACCAUCUGCUGAUCACUAAAGGAGAGGAACUCAGAUAUAUGGUUGUAUAGGUUGUAUGUAUCACUAGAAAUUGUCUUCUACUUGAUUGUCAGUUUGACAUUUACAGACGCAAUACAAAAUUACAUUGUUUUUGAGAAUUGAACUGAUUUUUUUUGGUCUUUUUUUUGGGGGGGCUGUAAUCCUUCAGGUUGGUCAAUCCGAGGAACUUGGAUAUUGUAUAGAUUGUAUGCAUCACUCUAUUGUCUUGUACUUUUGUUGCUAUGUGACAUAAUGUACUAAUGUUGCCAUAUGACAUAAAUAAGCACACAAUCAGUUUGUAUCCCUGA